CUUGAGGGCGGCGGCGACCGUGGUAAUUGCAGCUGCUUAGGGGCAGGGCUUGCCCCAGCGCCGGGUAGUGGCAACGGCGCGUUGCGUCGGGGGCGCCUGGGAGCCGGGAGCCCCGGGGGCCUGAGAUCGGCAGCUCCCCGGGCAGACACCCUCUCACCCAGGAAGAGGUGCUGCCGAACCCGCGCGGGGCAGCGGGACCGCCCCAAGGGGCUUCCUCCCGGGAGGAGAGGUGGGGUGACAGGGCACAGGUGACAGGGCCGGAGAAAGAUGGAGCAGCCCGGGGCGGCGGCGGCGGCGGGCGCGGGAGGCGCCGGCGAGGAACCCGGUGGGGGCCGGAGCAACAAGCGGAGCGCGGGGAACCGGGCCGCCAACGAAGAGGAAACGAAAAACAAACCUAAAUUGAACAUUCAAAUAAAAACUUUGGCAGAUGAUGUGCGUGACCGAAUUACAAGUUUUAGAAAAUCUACUGUCAAAAAAGAAAAACUUCUUAUUCAACAUCCCAUCGAUUCUCAAGUUGCAAUGAGUGAGUUUCCAGCAGCUCAGCCAUUAUACGAUGAACGAUCUUUGAAUUUGUCAGAAAAGGAAGUACUGGAUCUUUUUGAAAAAAUGAUGGAGGACAUGAACCUUAAUGAAGAACGAAAAGCUCCUUUACGGAACAAAGAUUUUACCACCAAGCGGGAGAUGGUCGUCCAGUAUAUUUCUGCUACUGCCAAAUCUAUAGUUGGAAGUAAAGUUACGGGAGGACUGAAAAACAGCAAACAUGAAUGCACCCUGUCUUCACAAGAAUACGUUCAUGAAUUACGAUCUGGUAUUUCAGAUGAGAAACUUCUUAACUGCCUGGAAUCUCUGAGAGUUUCUUUAACCAGCAAUCCUGUCAGCUGGGUUAACAACUUUGGCCAUGAAGGUCUUGGACUCUUAUUGGAUGUGCUGGAAAAGCUUCUGGACAAGAAACAACAAGAAAAUAUCGACAAGAAGAAUCAGUAUAAACUUAUUCAGUGCCUCAAAGCAUUUAUGAAUAAUAAGUUUGGAUUGCAAAGGAUCCUAGGAGAUGAAAGAAGUCUUUUACUAUUGGCAAGAGCAAUUGAUCCCAAACAACCCAGCAUGAUGACUGAAAUAGUAAAAAUACUUUCUGCUAUUUGCAUUGUUGGAGAAGAGAACAUUCUAGAGAAACUUUUAGGGGCUAUAACCACAGCAGCAGAAAGAAAUAACAGAGAACGGUUUUCACCAAUUGUGGAAGGAUUAGAAAAUCAUGAAGCUUUGCAAUUACAGGUGGCCUGCAUGCAGUUUAUAAAUGCCCUUGUCACUUCUCCUUAUGAGCUUGAUUUUCGAAUACAUUUAAGGAAUGAAUUCCUUCGUUCAGGACUGAAAAUAAUGUUACCAGAUCUGAAAGAAAAAGAGAAUGAUGAGCUUGAUAUUCAGUUGAAAGUAUUUGAUGAGAACAAAGAGGACGACCUAACUGAAUUAUCACACCGUCUCAAUGACAUUCGAGCAGAAAUGGAUGAUAUGAAUGAAGUAUACCAUCUUCUGUAUAAUAUGUUGAAGGACACUGCUGCUGAAAAUUACUUAUUAUCCAUUCUACAACACUUUUUGCUCAUUAGAAAUGAUUAUUAUAUCAGGCCGCAGUAUUACAAAAUAAUUGAGGAGUGUGUUUCACAGAUAGUGUUGCACUGCAGUGGUAUGGACCCAGAUUUCAAGUAUAGGCAAAGACUAGACGUUGAUUUCACUCAUCUGAUAGAUUCUUGUGUGAACAAGGCAAAAGUUGAAGAAAGUGAACAAAAAGCAGUGGAGUUUUCGAAGAAGUUCGAUGAAGAAUUCACAGCUCGACAGGAAGCUCAAGCUGAGCUUCAAAAAAGAGAAGAAAAAAUCAAAGAGCUUGAAACAGAAAUCCAGCAACUUCGAACCCAGGGACCCGGACUCCUAGCUUCAUCAGGCAUUCCAGGCCCUCCUCCUCCACCUGUACUCCCAGGUGGGGGUCCCCCUCCACCCCCGCCUCCACCACCGCCACCUCUACUCCAAGGACCUCCCCCUCCUCCACCUCCUUUACCUGGAAUGGUUGGCGUCCUACAACCACCACCUUUGUUUGGGGCGCCUCCUCCACCACCUCCUCCCCUAGGAGCACCGCUUGAUCUGCCAUAUGGAAUGAAGCAGAAAAAAAUAUAUAAACCUGAGGUGGCCAUGAAGAGAAUCAACUGGUCAAAGAUCGAACCCAAAGAAUUAUCUGAGAACUGUUUCUGGUUAAAAGUUAAGGAGGACAAGUUUGAAAAUCCAGAUCUCUUUGCACAGUUGGCACUGAAUUUUGCUACCCAGAUAAAAGUUCAAAAGAAAACAGAAGCUUCGGAAGAAAAGAAGACCAUACCCACAAAAAAGAAAGUGAAAGAAUUGAGAGUUUUGGAUCCCAAAACGGCCCAGAAUCUGUCUAUCUUCCUAGGAUCAUAUCGUAUGCCAUAUGAAGAUAUAAAAAACAUUAUUCUGGAGGUUAAUGAAGACAUGCUGAGUGAGGCCUUAAUUCAGAACCUUGUAAAACAUCUUCCUGAGCAGAAAGUACUCAGUGAGUUAGCACAGCUGAAGAAUGAAUACGAUGACCUCUGUGAGCCAGAACAGUUUGGAGUUGUGAUGAGCUCAGUGAAAAUGUUGCGGCCCCGACUGAAUAGCAUUCUUUUCAAGCUCACUUUUGAAGAACACAUAAACAACAUCAAACCGAGCAUCAGAGCAGUCACUCUCGCCUGUGAAGAACUGAAGAAGAGUGAAAGCUUUAACAGACUAUUAGAGUUAAUUCUUUUGGUUGGAAACUACAUGAACUCAGGCUCCAGAAAUGCCCAGUCUUUGGGUUUUAAGCUCAACUUCCUUUGUAAGAUCAGAGAUACUAAAUCAGCAGAUCAAAAAACAACCCUCUUGCAUUUUAUUGCUGAAAUUUGUGAGGAAAAAUACCGGGAUAUCCUGAAAUUUCCUGAAGAACUGGAACAUGUAGAAAGUGCAAGCAAAGUUUCAGCUCAAAUUCUCAAGAGCAACCUUGGAGCAAUGGAACAGCAAAUUCUUCAUCUGGAACGUGACAUCAAGAAAUUCCCCCAAUCAGAAAAUCAACAUGAUAAGUUUGUGGAAAAGAUGACGAGCUUUACAAAGAGUGCCAGAGAGCAGUAUGAUAAACUGUCCAACAUGCACAAGCAAAUGGUAAAGCUCUAUGAGAAUCUUGGAGAAUACUUUAUUUUCGACUCUAAGACAGUGAGCAUAGAAGAGUUUUUUGGCGAUCUCAACGACUUCCGAACUUUAUUUCUGGAAGCAGUGAAAGAAAACCACAAAAGAAAAGAAAUGGAAGAGAAGACUAGGAGGGCAAAGCUUGCAAAAGAAAAGGCUGAACAAGAAAAGUUGGAACGCCAGAAGAAAAAGAAGCAACUCAUUGAUAUCAACAAAGAGGGUGAUGAGACUGGCGUGAUGGAUAAUCUUCUAGAAGCCCUACAAUCAGGUGCAGCAUUCCGAGACCGCAGAAAGCGGAUCCCAAGGAAUCCAGAUAACAGACGAGUACCUUUGGAAAGGUCGCGCUCUCGCCACAAUGGAGCUAUCUCAUCUAAGUGAUUCCUGAUGCCAAAGAAUAUGAAAAUAUUUAAGUAAACAAAAUCGUACAUUUUGAAAAGAACAAAACAUGCACUCAAGGGAUGGAGAGGAAAUAAGUGCGUUUCUGCAAAGAUCAAGCUAAGCUGGAUGAAAUAGCGUGCAUUUGUAAAGCUUUUGCAAGACUCUUUCCACGAUUAUACUAAUAUGAACGCAAUUAUCAGGAUUAUAAAACGUGUGUUCCAUUUUAGUGUCAAGAUGUGUAUUAUUUGUUCUUGUGCAUGACCUGACGGUGAUGAUGAAAAGUGUAAGAAAUUGAAGAGUUCUAAGGCUUUCAAAAACAUUCAAUCUAUCAAAAAUUUAGCGUUAACUCAAAUUUGUAGGUCACCCCAAAAAAGGAAGAAAAGUAUUAGAAAGAAAGAAUCAUUCAAUGUCUGCUUUUGAUCCCUGUGAUAUAGGAAAGGACAAGGCCAAUAAAAAUUAAAUGUGCGUGUUAAUAAUUUGGGGAGGCACUAAUAUUGCACACUCCGUAAGAGAAGCCAUUUUGAAAACUCAAAAACAGUACUCCUCCAACCCCAUCAAGCUCUUUAGAAUCUUAUCUCAAGUGAAAGCUGAUGGAUUCAUCUGCUUUGGCUGAAAUUAAAUUUAUCAUUAAUCUAGAGUUUCAGCAUGAUAUUGCAGGCACUUAUUGCUAAAAAUAAACCAAAGUUUAACAGAAGCAGUUAGAGAAGGUGAUUUAAACUUUAUUUAAAGAGGUAUUUUCUAAUGAUGCACAUAUAUCUACUUUAUACAAAUACUUUAUAUGGCUAUUUUUGAGGAAAACCUCACAUUUUAAUGUCUAUGCCAGGGAUGAACCUGAAAAUUCUAUUACCUUUAUUUAGAUUUUUAAAGGUAAAUAUUGAUUCCUAUUCUCCGUGGUUUAUUUCUUCUCUUGAUUGCUUCUUUCUCCCAUGACCCCCUUGAAGACAGGGAAUAGAGCUCUGGAAGACCUGAGAGGAAAAAGAUUUCUCUCUGCAGGAGACAGCAGAAAACUGUCUGAAAGGUCACUUGUUUUAUCUGCUUUUCUACUCCCCUUUCCAGCUCUGCCUUGGUGGUCUGAAGAAGAAAAAGAAAUUAUAUAUAUGUAUGUGUAUAUAUGUGUAUAUAUUGAUAUCUCCUGCUACAAUAAUUCCACAUCCCUGUGACUAAGUGAACUUCUCAAUCAUCAUCAUACUUCCUCACCUUAUAUUAACAGAUUUAAAUAAUGCUGCCAAAACAACUCAAGGAGGACAACAGGCUCUACGUGUUUCUUAAAUAGAUGAGAGAGUAAAAGUUAUACUUAACUCGUCUGUUAUUUUCAAAUCAGCAUUGAAAUAAUGUGGUAUAACUUCUCCGGUGUGCCAUUUUAAGACUAAUCCAUGCAGAUGAUUGUGAUUAUUGUAAAAGAUUUCUUAUAUGUAUAUUUCUUAUAUAGAAAAUCCUGUUUCUACUCCUCCAAAGCACGUUCUAGACCUUCAGAAAGAACAAAUGACUGGCUCGGCAAGUGACCACCUGAGACCAUGUAAACAAGUGACCGAUAGCUCACAGUUUCCUUUCUAUAGAUGUAUAAUGAUUUGAACUGCUGCCUUUUCCUCCAGUGCAUUCUGACUUGGGUAUUAUACUUUCAAAAGCUCUGAAGCUGCUACAAUAGAGAAAUCAAAAAGAAUAACAGUAUCUGAGAUCUUAAAAUUUUAGCCUAUCUUAAGAUGCACACAUAUGCACACACAAACAAGUUGAAGGGACAUAUCAAUUUAACACACUCUUUUUUAACAACAACAACAAAGAUUUAGGUUUUACUAAUUUAUGUACAUACUUAGUGUGUGUAUUUUUGACCUCACAAAGUCUUUUCUGAAAUCGUCAUGGUAUGGCCUCUUGGAGUCUUCUGAUAGCUUUUUGGGCUGUAGGAAAAUGAUAUUUUGAAAUAUUAACCCUGACUAAAACUUCAGGACUUUCGCCAUGCCAUAUUGUCAAGCUGGUCAAGGUAGAAAUACUGAUGUGUAUCACCUUUUCCAGAUGUGAACUUGCCUUAUUUUUUAGGUUGUGAAAAAAAAAAUGAGGUACUAUUAUUGAUAAAUUAUAUAUUUGUAUUUAGAGUAAUCCCACAUGCUUUUCACAAACAUUAUGAAACCUUUCAAGGUCUUUCGUGAAGUUCCAAUAAUUGAGUUAAAGGGAUUUUUAAUGGUCCUGUUCUAGGCAUUUGCAGUUUUGUUUUAGAUUGAAAAGUAUCACCAAAAAUAGUACGUAGUGACAUUUUUAGUAUAGAACCAAAUUAUACUGAAGUCUUUUAGCAAGUUUAUUACUGCCACAUGUGAGAAGCAUCAAUUUUUGCAGAUUUUCUUCAGAAUGUUUUUAAAGUGUGCAAAACUCUUAAAAUGUUUACUAGUUGAAUUAGUUUCCUUUGGCUGCUGUAACAAAUUACCACAAACGUGGUGGCUUCACACAUCAGAAAUUUAUUCUCUCACAGUUCUGGUGGCCAGGUGUCCAAAGUCAAGGGCCAUGCUCCCCGCAGAGGCCCUAGAGGAAGAUCUUUUGCCUCUUCCAGCUUCCGGUAGCUAUUGGCUUUCCUUGGGUUAUGGCCACAUCUCUCUCUGCUCCAUCUUCACAUCACCUUCUCCUCUGUGUAUCUAAUCUCCCUCUGCCUUUCUCUUAUGAGGACACAAUUAUGUCGGCAUUUAGGGCCUACCCAGAUAAUCCAGGAUAAUUUCCUCUCCAGAUCCUAAAUUUAAUUACAUCUGUCAGACCCUUUUUCCCAAUAAGGUAACAUUCACAGGUUCUGGGGGUUAGGAUGUGGACUUACCUUUUUGGAGGUGACCCUCAGUCCCCUACAGUCUGCCCUCUGGCCCCCCCCAAAAUUUAUGUCUGUCCUAUGUGCAAAAUAUAUUCACCCCAUCUGAACAUUCCCAAAAGUCUAAACCCAUUACAGCAUCAACUCUAAGUCUAAAAUCUCAUUCAAACACCAUCAGUUUGAAAGUUCCAAAUCUCAUCCUCUGGAUCACCUAAAUCAGGUAUGGGUGAAACUCCUCAGGUAAAAUCCCGCUCCAUCUAUGAGUCAGUGAAACAAGAUAACAAGUUACCCACUUCCAAAAUACAGUGGUGGGACAGGCAUAAGGAUAAUAGCUAUAGCCAUUUCCAUUCCAAAAGGGAGCAAAUGUAAAACAAAAAGGAGUCACCUGUCCUGAUGAUUUUCAAAAUUCACCCAGCUGGAUUCCCUUAGGUUUCAAGGCCUGACAAUAAUCCUGUUUGGCUCAGGGCUCCACCGUUUAGGCCUGCAGCUCUGUCCUCUUGGCUUAUGGAUUGAGUCUCUGCCUCUGUGUCCGUGGCUUGCGCUUCUGCCUCUGUACCUGCAGCUCUGUCCUAGGGGGUGAUCCUUUAUAUUGAAAGGUAGCAGGUGUUUGCAGCCUUAUCAACCUGUUUCUUGCCUGUAAAAUUUUGAGAGUCUAACAGCUUUCUCUCAUUUUGUCCUGUCUCUAUCUCUUUGAAGCCAAGCUGGAAGUAUUUCUGCUGGUAUAACAUUCUCAAAAACUUUAUGGGCCUCCCAUGUAUGUCACAUUGAUUCAAUAGUGAGACAAGAGAAUCCUCACAGAUCUUUGCCAGAUAACCCCAUCUCUAUUUCUGGCUUCUAUUGAGAUAUUUGAGAGAUCCAUGAGUGAAUGCCUAACCUCUUCAGCACUAGCCAAAUGUUGUCCAGCCACAUCUUUGGCUUUAUCUCAGAGCACACUAUCCUAACAGUAAACCUAAUUUUCGCUCUUUUGCAACCUGAAUAGGCUCAAAAUUUCCUGAAUCAUCAAGUGCUGGUUCUUUUCUGCUUAACAGUUCUUUCCUCAAUUUCUCUCUUUCCUCUUGUAUUUUACUAGAAGCUCAAGAAGAAACUAGGGCAUACAUCCAACUCAUUGCUUGGAAAUCUACUCAGCUAAAUGUCCAAGUUCAUCACUUACAAAUUCUCCUUUCCACACAACUGUUGGAGACAAUUCAGAUAAACUUUUUGCUGCCAUUGACGUGGAUCACCCUUCCUCUAGUUUCCAAUAAAAUAUUACUCAGUUCCUUGAGCCCUCAUGAGAAGCACCUUUAACAUUCAUAUUUCUACCAAGAGUUUUUUUAAGGCAAUCUAUGCUUUCUCUGUCAUAUGCAUCAGAUUUCUUCCAUCCUCUACUCAUUAGCUAAUUCCACAGACACUUCCACAUUUUUAGGUAUUUGUUAUAGCAAGACCUCACUUCUUGGUACCAAAAUCCGUAUUAGAUUCCUGUGGCUGCUGUAACAGAUUCCUCCAAAUGUGGUAGCUUCUGGGUCAUCAGAAAUUUAUUCUUUUACUAUUGUUUUGGAGGCCAGAUCCUAAAUUGAGGUGUUGGCAGGGCUGCACUCCCUCUGGAAGCUUAGGGGAAAAUCUGUUUUUUGCCCCUUUCAAUUUCUUAUGGCCAGCAUCAUUCCUUGGCUUAUGGCCAAAUCUCUCUCUUCCCUAUCUUCGCAUCACCUUUCCCUCUCUAUAUCUAAUCUACCUCUGCCUCUCUCAUAUAAUGAUGGCAUUUAGGGCCUACCCAGUUUAUCCAUGAUAAGCUUUUCAAGAUCCUUGACUUAAUUACAUCCGUGAAGACCAUUUUUCCAAAUAAGGUCAUGUCACAGGUUCCAGGAAUUGGGACAUGGACAUAUCUUCAAGGAGCCACCAUUCAGCUUAUUACACUAGUCAUUACACAUAAAUGUACUUUUCACUUUUUAAAAUGCAUCUUUGGUGCUCAAGCCAAAUUCAAGGUUGUCUCUAAAAGCUGUUGUCUACACAGCCUACUGCAUGCUUUGAUAGUAAAUGGCCGAACACGCUAUUCUAAAAUUUGGUUGAUACUUUUACUACUAUGGCCAAUUAGCUUGAAAAAAUAAUUGGUUCCAACUCUGAGCUCUGGUAUAUCUCUUCUGUCCCUUUUAUGGAGUCUUUGACCAAACGACUUCUAUGAUUCAUAACGCAGGCAUAAAACUACCUCUGAUACAGAAGGGUUCUUUACAAGCUUAUUUUAAAUAUUGUGAAUCCCUCAGCUGAAAGGAGAGGUGACAGAAAAGCCUGCUUUGAAUGGGUAUUGAGGGGGUUUGUGCCCAUACCAAGACACCCAGAAGAAGUAUUUCAGUGGCAGUAGAACUGUGGAUUCAUGCUCUCAUUUUGCCUCGGAAGAAACACCUGUCUCUUCACAGGACCAAGAAUGACUUGCAAUCUAUAUGUAAUGCAUACUUACUUAUUCAAUAAAGUUAAGAUAUACAUGAAA